AUGCAUGCCUUGGAGAACGCGAUCUUCAGUUUCACCUCUACUUCGGCGUUGAACUUCGCGGCAUGGUCAAAGAUUCCAAAGGAGCGCUUUAAUAUUGAUUCCUUUUGGUCGCAAACAAAGAACCGCAAUACCAGCACCGCCAAAGGUGCCCAUUUCCUGAAGCAGGAUAUAUCCAAAUUCGACGCAAACUUCUUCACUCUGCCGAAGAACGAUGUCGAGGCCACGGAUCCACAGCAAAGAAUCAUGAUGGAGGUCGCCUACGAAGCCCUGGAACGUGCUGGCCUGCCCCUUAGCAAGAUCGCUGGAACUAAAACAGGGGUGUUCAUGGGCUCGUUCACCAGCGACUACAGAGAAGGCAUGUUAAGGGAUCCGGACAAUCUCCCUGCCAACACUGCAACGGCAUCACCCACAACGGCACUGUCGGCCCGCAUGUCAUGGCUGUGGGAUUUGCGCGGCCCAUGCUUCACUUUGGAUACGGCAUGCUCGUCCAGUCUAGUGGCAUUGCAUCUAGCGUGUCAGAGCUUGCGGACGGGAGAGUCUGAUUAUGCGAUCGUAGGCGGGACUUCGUUACUGCUCAAUCCGGAAUGGUUCAUGAACCUCUCCGGCCAGGGGUUCAUUUCGCCUGAUGGAAAGUGCAAGAGUUUCGACGAGUCUGGCAACGGUUACGGUCGAGGCGAAGGCUUCGGAUGCGUAAUCUUGAAGCGCGUGGACGACGCAGUCCUGGCCGGCGACCCUAUUCGGGCCGUCAUCCGCGGGACCGGCUCGAACCAGGACGGCCACACCAAGGGAUUUACGGUCCCGAGCGCUGACGCGCAAGCGACGCUCAUCGCGGACGUCUAUCGGAGUGCAGGUUUGGACUUCAACAACACUGGCUAUGUCGAAGCCCACGGCACCGGCACGCAAGCUGGCGACGUACAGGAGACAACAGCGCUAGCCAGGACCAUUGCUGCUACCCACACAUCGCAAAACAAGCUCAUCAUUGGCUCAGUGAAAUCAAAUAUUGGCCAUCUCGAGGCAGCUGCCGGCAUCGCCGGCAUUAUCAAAGCCGUUCUAAUUCUCGAAACUGGCUUGAUCCCGCCCAGCAUCAACUUUAAGAAAGGAAACCCGAAGAUCAAAUUCGAGGAGUGGAAGCUCCAGGUCGCAACAAAGCUGACACCAUGGCCUACCAACGGCCUACGGCGCGUCAGUACCAAUUCGUUCGGAUACGGCGGGACCAAUGCUCAUGCCAUCCUCGACGACGCUACUUCCUACCUUCAAGGACGAGGCAUCUCCCCGAUCCCGCACGUUGCUUCGAAUGACCGCUCGGGACCGCGGCUAUUCGUUUUGAGCGCUCAGGACAAGGAGGGCCUCAAGCGCGUGAAAGAGCCCUUGGCACAAUACGUCGAGGGCAAAAAUGCCAAACAGACCAACGAGUUCCUCUCCCAGCUGGCAUACACGUUGAGUGAUCGGCGAUCUCACCUCCAAUGGAAAACAUACGCAGUGGCCUCAUCGCCUGAUCAGCUUGCUGAGACGCUGAACAGUGACGAAAAUCCAGCAUUGAUCGCGCAGUCCUCUCGACAGCCCCGGCUCGGGUUUAUCUUCACUGGUCAAGGAGCGCAGUGGCCCGGAAUGGGUAUGCAGCUUAUGGCCUACCCCGUCUUCCGAGAAAGCGUAGCUGCGGCCGAUCGCUAUCUGCAGGAGGUGUGUGAAUGCCCCUGGUCGGCGACAGAAGAGCUGGAGAAGAGCAAAACGAGCUCGCGGCUGCACUUAGCUGAGUUCAGCCAAGCGCUCUGCACUGUGUUGCAAGUUGCUCUAGUCGACCUCCUCCGGACUUGGGGAAUCCUUCCUUCCGCGGUUGCUGGCCAUUCCAGCGGCGAGAUCGCGGCGGCCUAUGCCAUGGGCGCCUUAACCAAAGAAGAUGCAUGGCGGGUGGCCUAUUACCGCGGCGUUCUUUCUACUAAGAUGAAGACUAACUCCCCCGACCUUAAAGGCUCUAUGAUGGCGGCCGGUCUCUCUCCCGAGAAGGCUGAGGAAUGGUUUGCUAAGGUGACGGAGGGAGAGCUGGUGGUGGCCUGCAUUAACUCACCGACUAGUGUGACUAUUUCCGGAGACACCGCUGGCAUUGAGCAACUGCUUGGGAUGCUCCAGAAAGCAGGUGUGUUUGCGCGGAAGCUCCAGGUUGACACCGCCUACCACUCCCCCCAUAUGCAGACGGUGGCGCAAGACUACUAUAUGCUUCUAUCGGAUCUUGUCCCCUUAGUUCCAGACGGGGAUUGCAUAAUGCACUCCAGUGUCGAGGGCUCUAUCAUCGAGGCCGAGCAGCUGGGGGCGGUUAACUGGGUGCGCAAUCUCAUCUCGCCCGUCCAGUUCUCCACAGCGGUGUACGACAUGCUGCGACCAGUGAGAGACGGCAAGCGCGCAGAUGAGAAUGCAGUGGACCUGCUGAUCGAGCUUGGACCGCAUUCCGCUCUCCAGGGGCCGGCGACGCAGACGCUCAAGGCACACAACAUCACCAACAUCCCAUACCAGUCGGUCGUCGCCCGAAACCAGAACGCAGUGGAGACGGCUCUGAGCCUGGCGGGCUCGCUCUGGGCCCAGGGCUACAAAGUGAACGUCCAGCAGGUCAAUGGAGACGGCGGCAAGCAAUUCACCGCGCCAUUGGUCGACCUUCCCACCUACCCGUGGAAGCACGCCCAGCGCUACUACCACGAGGACCGCAUCGAACAAGAGUUCCUGCACCGCGCCCGUCCCAAACAGAGCCUCAUCGGUGCGCCCGCCCCGGCCAUGGGCGAGCGCGAGUAUCUAUGGCGGGGUUUCAUCCGCCUGGCCGAGGAGCCCUGGAUCGCGGAUCACCAGAUCCAAGGCUCUGUCCUCUAUCCCGCUGCUGGAUAUCUUGCCAUGGCCCUCGAGGCCGCCUCCCAGACGGCCGACCCGUCCAAGCAGAUCUCAUCGUUCCGGUUGCAGGACAUCCAACUGACGGCCGCUGCCGUCCUCUCCACAGAGGCCGACGUGGAGUGCAUUGUUCAGCUUCGCCCUCAUAAUGCUAGUACGCGUGACUCGUCAUCCACAUGGACCGAGUUCACCGUCACCAGCUCGCCCGACAGCAAGGCGCUAGUUAAGAACUGCUCCGGCCUGAUUCUAGUCGAGUACGAGCCUGCACCAGGCUCCGAGGCCAGCCAGGAGCGGACGCUGGAGCUGCAGGCGCUGACGUCUCAGUACGACGAAGCAAAAGCCUCCUGCAAUAGCCGGAUUGACUCCACCGAGUUCUACAGUGACUUAAGCGCAGUGGGUCUACAGUACGGCCCCGCGUUUGCUAAUGUCCGCGAAGCCCGCAACCGCGACGGACAGAGCUAUGGGUUGGUGGAAAUUCCAGAUGUGCCAGCUUGGACACCCGAAGGUUGUGAUAGGCCGCAUGUUAUUCAUCCAGGCACGCUCGAUGCUAUCUUCCACCUUGCCUUUGCUGCCGUCAUGGGCGAGAAUGCCCUCACUGCCAUGGUCCCCAAGUCGAUUGACGAGAUUAUCAUCUCUGCCCACGUUCCCUGGACCCCAGGAGUCAAGCUCCCCGGCUUUGCAAACUCGGCGAAGCAUGGUUUCCGUGAGCUCAAGUCCGAUAUCCUCAUGCUCGAUGACAAUGAGCAUCUUCCGGCUGUCGACAUUCGGGGCUUUUUGUGCGCCGAGGUGGCCGGCGGCUCAGCAAGCAACACGCAGACUGCAGCCAAAUCCAUUACCAGCAAGCUGGUGUGGAGGCCUGCUGUUGACCUGCUGACGACUGAAGAACUUCAGCGGGCCCUUGAUCCCAUUCGCGGGACCGAAAAAGUGGCUGAAUAUGUGAAGCUCCUUCACCAUUCAAAUCCAGCCCUGUCAGUGUUGGAGAUCGCAUCUAACUCUUCUCUGCUCACUCAUGGUGACCUUUCCAACAUAUCCAAGACCGGAGAGGUUACCAUCGCAUGUGGGGAUGCUGAGCUGAAGGCGAAGCUGGAUGAAACCGCCCACGAUGCCCUCAUUGAAUCCCUAGAUUUCACUGAGGAACUCCUUCCGGAGUCGCUCGAAGGUCGAAGUUACGAUGUGGUCAUUCUAUCAGAUCUCGACUCAUUCGACUCACAAGCAGAGCUUACGCUCUCAAACAUCGCGAAGGUCCUGAAGCCUGAUGGCAGUGUUUGCUUCUCUGCAGACAAAGACGCUGUAGUCAAGUUCCAGUCUUAUGCUAAUGAGUUACUCACGACAGUGUUCCAAUCGGCGGAACACAGUUUUGUUAUAGGGCAAAAGAGCUUGCAUGCCAACGGCAUCAACGGUACAAAUGGGCGUGCCGAGCCAGAUCUUAUCACACUCAUCCAGCCCGCCGAACUGACCGAGAAAGCUCGAGCAGCGGCAUCUGAUAUCGGCACAGCCCUCCAGGGUCAUGGCUAUGAGAUCGACACGUUUUCCUGGGGCUCCGACGUAUCCUCCCUCGCAGGCAAGACGUGCAUUUCCCUACUUGAAUUACAGGAAUCCAUCCUUCAGGACCUCGCCAAGAGCGACUUCGAGAACAUCAAGAAGUUGAUUCUAGCCUCCGCAAGCGUUUUCUGGGUCACUACCUUUGACGAUCCGAGCUCGAGCAUGAUUGACGGUCUGGCUCGAGUCGUGCGCAACGAGACACCAGGCCUAUCUCUUCGCACUUUCCAUGCUGGCGAGGCUUUACUCUCCUCAUCAGCUCGCUUGGCCAAAUUGGUCAGCACUGCCUUCAAUUCGAAGUCUGAAGAAGACGAGUAUUUAGUCAAGGAUGACCUCUUGCACGUUAGUCGUAUCGAAGAAAACGUUGCAUUGAACGAUCAGAUCAACGACCUGCUUCCCGGCGCGGCCUCUACCAUCACUAGUAUGCCACUAAAAGACGCGAAAUUUGGUCUGAAAAUGUGUAUUCAGACACCAGGUAUGCUAGAUUCGGUUUGUAUGGAAAUCGAUGAGUUAGCUGGAACAGAGCUUGAGCCGAACUACGUUGAGAUCCAGGUGAAGGCUUCGUCAGUCAAUUUCCGCGACGUCAUGGCAGCGAUGGGCCAACUCCCCGAUUCGAGACUUGGCCUUGACGCGGCCGGCCUAGUCCGUCGCGUGGGCAGCGCCGUAACGAAAUUCAAGGUCGGUGAUAGAGUAGCAGUGUACGGUCACGGCGCGCACAGAACUAUCCAUCGGACUCGAGAUGAGCUUUGCGCCCUAAUUCCCGAGGGAAUGACCUUUGAGCAAGCCGCCGCCGUCCCAGCCAUCCAUGGUACGGCGUGGAAUGCGCUUGUCCGGCUGGCUAGAGUCCAAAAGGGACAGUCGAUCCUCAUUCAUGCUGCCGCCGGCGGAGUCGGUCAAGCAGCUAUCCAGAUUGCGAGGCACUUCGAACUGGAAAUCUUCGCAACUGUGUCAUCCGAGACCAAGAGAAAGUUACUCCGUGACACCUAUGGGAUCCCAGACGACCACAUUUUCAAUUCUCGGGCCCUCAGUUUUGUCAAGGGCAUCAAGCGCAUGACAAAUGGGCGCGGUGUCGACGUUAUUCUCAAUUCGCUUUCUGGUGAAACUCUCCGCCAGACGUGGCACUGCAUCGCGCCGUUUGGCUACUUUAUCGAGAUCGGUCUGCGAGAUAUCCUUGCCAACACGGGCCUAGACAUGGCACCAUUCCAACAAGAUGCAACGUUCACUUUCUUCAAUCUCAAUCAUCUUGAGCAAGACAGGCCAGACAUCCUGGCUACCAUCAUCGAAGGCGCCUUCGACCUUUUCCGUCGCGGAAUAUCGAAGCCGGUGGAACCCCUUGUUAGCUACCCGAUUUCCGAAGUUGAGACUGCGUUGCGUCUCAUGCAGGCAGGCAAGUAUUUGGGUAAGCAGGUCUUCACCUGGGGCGACGACGAUGUAGUACCGGUAAUCCAGCCGCCAAAGAGUAGCCUUAAGCUCGACCCUGAAGGGGUUUAUGUGCUUGUUGGUGGCCUCGGUGGACUGGGAAGGAGUCUCUCCAUGAAACUGGUUCAGCUCGGUGCCCGAAAGCUGUGCUUCUUCUCUCGUUCUGGCGCCAAAUCCGCUGCUGCAAAAGAGUUGGUUCACGACCUCGAGCAGCUGAAUGUCCAGGUACAAGCUCUUGUGUGCGACGUCGCCGACGACAGCGCAGUCGCAGCCUCGAUCGCCAAAUGCUCACAAGAACUUGGCACCAUCCGCGGAAUCUUCCAAUGCGCCAUGGUCCUCCGCGACACCCUUUUCGUCAACAUGACGCACCAGCAAUGGCUUGAAGCCACACGCCCCAAGGUCCAGGGCAGCUGGAACCUUUCCAAACGUCUUCCCAAUGUGGACUUUUUCAUCUCGCUCAGCUCUUUCGCCGCCGUCUACGGUAACCGUGGACAGACCAACUACAGUGCUGCGGGAGCCUACGAAGAUGCGCUAGCCUAUCAUCGUCGCGCUCAGGGACAGCGCGCUACGACGGUCGAUCUCGGCAUAAUGCGCGACAUUGGUGUGUUAGCGGAGACCGGCAUCACGGAGAGCUUGAUGGAGUGGGAGAAGCCCUACGGCAUUCGAGAGCCCGAGUUCCACGCUCUGAUGGAGCGCGCCAUCGACGGCGACAUUCACGCCACCGGCGGAGCGCAAGUCAUCACCGGCCUCGCCACCGGCGGCAGCGCCAUCGCCGCUGGGAUCGACGCUCCGUUCUACCUCGACAGCAAGCGCUUCAGCAUCAUGGCCCUCACCGGCACCCGCAACCAGGAUUCCGGCGCCGACUCCGCCUCUGCCUCGGCACCGACACACACGCUCAUUGCAGCGGCCGAAUCUCUCGAGGAAGCAGCCACCGCUAUCACCAAUGCGCUCGUCAAGCAGGUUGCGAAGAUGCUGCAGAUGCCUGUUGAGGAGAUUGAUGUGGAGCGGUUCUUGCACAGCUAUGGUAUUGACAGUUUGGUGGCGAUUGAGCUUAUGAACUGGGCGUUGAAAGAGUUGAAGACUAGUGUUACGGUGUUUGAUGUGUUGGCGGGUGUGCCGAUAUCGACUUUUGCGACGAAGUUGGCGGCGAAGAGUACGGUUUUGCCGGCGGCUUUGAAGCCUGAGUGAGUUGGAAAGUUAUGAUCUUUUUUAGUAUCAAUGGAGUUAUGAUUUUUCAUUUUGUUCCUUUUUACUCUUUAGGUGUUACGGUAUAUAGAAUGGAUUAUGUUACAAAGG